AUGGAAGACCAACACAGGCCUGGCCGCCGAACAGACGUCACGUGCCGCGACAUCAGCUCUGGUACCACCUGGGCCUUGGAUGUUUCUGUAGCCGAUCCUCAAAAGGGGUUUCCGCACUCCAACGCAGCUACGGUAAUCGGUUCAGCAGCAGCCACUCGUGAAAGUGAGAAGACUACCAACUAUGCUGCAGCACUUCGUGACCGCCCAGACGUCAAACUGUUUCCUCUUGUCAUCGAAACCUUUGGUUGCUUUGGCACUUCCUUCAACAUCUUCCUUCGCCAAUGCAGCCGUAGGGGGGCUUCACAAGUUCGCGACUUGAGUGGUGCCACAGAUUCUCUUCCCUAUCAUAAGUUGCUGCCAAGGACUCAAUGGGGGAUCAAUCUUGGUACCUGCCCAGUGAGCAAGGGGUGGGUGAUCAAGGAUGUGGUUUCGGGGAAGGUCACAAUCACCCGGGAUGUUAUUUUCUACGAGGAGGUGAGCUACCUGCAGUGGAAGGGGGUAGAGAAAGAGAUUGCAGCAGCAGGGACAGCAACUACAUCGGACAAGGUAGAGGAUCUCUUGGAAGAAAAGGAGAGUGAGGGAGUUGGUGAUGAAAAGGAUGAGGAGAUCGAAGAUGUGGAACGGGCAGAUUCAGUUGAUUGGGUGUGGGAGAAGGCACCAGCCAGGGAAGCGGAUGAAAACAAGGGAGUGGAGAUAGCAGGGGAGCAGCCAAGCAAGGAAGUAGCUGAGGGUGUCAACGAUGAAGUGGCUAGAGAAGAGAGAGAUGAAGAAUCAGCAGCUGAAGGAAGUAGCGAUCCCUGGAAGUUCCUGAAUAGUGGUGACAACCAGGCAGCAGAGAAGGAGAUAGAGGACUUACUUGAGGAGGGCGCCAUCGUGAUUGGAAGGGAAGUAAAGGAUGGAGAAGGGAAAGCAUUGACGGAUUCCAGUGAGGAAGAGGUCGAAUCAUCUGCAGAGGAGUUGGGGAAAGGAAAGAGGGUGAAGAAACCAAACCCUCGGUAUGCGCAACUGCUGAUGACGUGCUGGAAGGACAUCCAUACCCAUCUCCUACUCUCUGCCAGCUGUGCCUUUGGUGUUUCAGUGUUGUGCCUCUGUGUUCAAGGGCCGUUGUGUGCUACCUCUAGCAUGUGGCGCUAG